AUGCAUUUGUUUCCUCCCGCGCUGACUGCUCUGAAUGAAUCGGAUGACGAGUGGGUCCGCUGGGUUUGAUGGUGUGGUGGGGUUAGCUCCUGACGGGUGGUCUCUGUUUGCUAGCUGCAUUUGCUAAUGCCACCCAGCUGCCUGUACAGUGUACGGUACGUGCUAUUCUUCCCGUCAAAACGGUCACGGCGGAUAAACUACUAGAUUAGUAGAUUAAAGACAAACUUAAUCUCGAGUGUGUGUGAGUUUUAUCUUAUGAUUAAGAAUAAGAUAACCCCAUUAAUGAUAGACAUCUCUUUACGAAACCUCCACGUGUAACUGAGAAGAUCCAAUAAAUACGUAAAUAACAUAAUCUAGGGUCAAGAGUCAAGACCAAACAAAAAGGUUCUCUCUGUUAGAUUUCCAAAUUGAUUUGUUAUCAGUAAUGUUAUGUAAUAGGAUAUUUCAAGACUUGCCAUUACUUCAAAACCAGUGGGAAAUCAAAGAAAAUGUUUCACUCACAACAACACAACAUGAGGACACUUGCACAGCAUAAUCCGAGGAAAUGAAUGAGAUCAAAGAUUGACAUUUAAUUAAGUCUCUGGAUUUGGUUUGUGUAUGAUACCAAACCAGGGAAGAAAUUGGAUUUGUGGUUCCAGAGAAUUUGAAUGAGCUUUAAGAUCAUGCAUCAGGUUCUUCUUGUUUUGCUUGUCCCUCCUCUUAUCCUCCUCUUCAAAUUUGUGUGCUCAACCAUAUGGGUCCCACUGAGGACACAAAGGCACUUCCAAAAGCAAGGCAUAAGGGGCCCGCCCUACCGUCCGAUCUUCGGGAACUCGGCCGAGAUCCGCCGUCUGUUUGCAGAAGCUCAGUCAAAGCGAGGCGCAUUUGACCACGACAUCCUUCAACGCGCGUCCCCAUUUUACCACCGGUGGUCCCGUAUGUACGGGAAGAAUUUCCUGUACUGGUUUGGGCCGAAGCCCAGGCUGGCAAUAGCAGACCCUCACAUGAUCAAAGAAGUGCUUAUGAAUACGAGUGGGUCGUUUCAAAAGAUACCCUUUACCCCAUUAACCAAGAUUCUAUUUGGAGAGGGCCUUGUUGGGCUCGAAGGCGACCAAUGGGCUUUUCACAGAAGGGUUGUGAAUCAGGCCUUCAAAAUGGAGAAAGUCAAGGGUUGGGUGCCAGAGAUUGUGGCUAGUACCAUGAAGAUGUUGGAGAAAUGGGAGGAUGUAAGAGGAGGGAGAGAUGAGUUUGAGAUGGAUGUGCACAAGGAACUUCAUGAGCUCUCAGCAGAUAUUAUAUCCAGGACAGCUUUUGGAAGCAGUUUCGAGGAGGGAAAGCGAGUUUUCAACUUACAAGAACAACAAAUGCAUCUUUUCUCCAAGGCAGUCAGGAGCAUCUACAUCCCUGGCUUCAGGUUUUUGCCUACCAAGAAUAACAGAGAGAGAUGGAGACUAGAUAAGGAAACUCGCGAAUCAAUACGGAUGUUGAUUGUGAAUAACCGCAAAACAAGAGAAGAUUCAAGAAAUCUGCUUAGUCUGUUAAUGUCUUCUUACAAGAAUCAGGAUGGUGAAGAGGAGGAAUUAGAGAUACAAGAAGUUAUUGAUGAAUGCAAGACCUUCUACUUUGCAGGAAAGGAAACAACUGCUAAUCUUUUGACUUGGGCACUUCUCCUUCUUGCGCUGCAUCCGGAAUGGCAAAGCAAGGCUCGAGAAGAAGUAAAUUGCGCUUGUGGAAGCAAUAAGCUUCCGGUUGCAGAGAAUCUGAAUGACCUUAAGAUUGUAAGUAUGAUAGUUAACGAAACACUUAGACUCUACCCUCCGGCUGUGAUGCUAAUGAGGCAAACAUCAAACAAGGUCAAGCUUGGGAGCCUGGACAUUCCUGCUAACACACAACUUUACUUGGCCUUGACUGCUGUCCAUCACGACACUGAGAUAUGGGGAGAAGAUGCCAAUGAAUUCAAGCCGAUGAGGUUUUCGGAGUCUCGAAGGCAUUUAGCAUCAUAUUUUCCGUUUGGUCUGGGGCCUAGAAUCUGUGCAGGUCAAAAUUUAGCUUUGGUUGAAGCAAAACUGGUCUUAGCAAUCAUCAUCCGGCACUAUUAUGUCAUGGUGUCACCUACAUAUGUUCAUGCCCCAAUGUUGUUUAUAAGUUUACAGCCCCAGUAUGGCGCUCAAAUCCUCUUCAGGAAGAUUCCAAACUGAAAUUUUCUGGGGAUGAAAUCAUGAAAUGAAAAAUAAUUGAAAGAACGUUUGUUUAUUAUGCACAUUAUCUUAAGGCUCGUAACU